UAAUUCUAAAUAUUUUAAUUAGACAUACGGGUAGAGUGAACCAAGAUAAAUUUUUGAUGUAUAUCUUACUUCUAUUUUCUCUAUCUUUAAUUUGAAUUGAUCUUUAUCGUAAACAUUUUAAUAUAUAUUUUUUUAAACUCCAACAAAAUUCUUACCUCUCUUCUUGUAUUUUUUUCACAUUCACCUAUUUAUUAGAUCAAUAUAACUAUUGGAGGCAUUCAUAAAUUUAUGCAUCAUUAACAUAAAAUUUUAUAAUUUUGGUAAGUUGAACGACAAACGAACCAAAACAAUUAUGGCGUCACUUCUAUUCUCCCAAUCAUGUCGGGCACCAAUCACUUAUAAACUGACUAACUUUUAUUGGUACAAUGUUUUAUCAACUUAUUAUUCAUAACAUAUACAAAUUACAAUUAAAAGCAAUAAAAACAAUUGUACUAAAAAGGUAAAACUUGUAUUAAGUGUUUAUAGUUCGACUAACUUGUGACUUUUUUUUGUCUAGAUUCAAUGUACGUAAAUAAUUUGACAUAAUGUCUUCUUUUUUGUUUAGAUUCAACGUACUUAUAUAGUUUGACUAAUUUCUAUUUUGUCCAUUCAAUAUACGUAUCCGUCUUAUAAUUUUUCCUUCGCUAUACACAUGUUUGAAACAACCUCUUAAAUAAAGAGAAACACAAGAAAACCUACCCAGGCCCCAGCCACAGAUCAAACAUGGGAGAGGUAGAUCCAGCUUUUGUCCAAGAGCAAGAACACAGACCAAAACUAUCCAUCAUUGAAGCCAAAGGAAUUCCCGAAAUUGACCUUUCCCCAUUAUUCCACCACGAAGCUCCAAAUCCAUCUGCUAUUGAAGGCUUAGUGAAGGAGAUUGGAAGUGCAUGCAAGGAGUGGGGAUUCUUUCAAGUCACAAACCAUGGUGUCCCUCUCAGUCUUAGACAGAAACUUGAGGAAGCUUCUAGAUUGUUCUUCGCUCAGAGUUUGGACGAGAAGAAGAAGGUUGCAAGAGACGCAAUCAGUCCAACUGGUUAUUAUGACACAGAACACACCAAAAAUGUUAGAGACUGGAAAGAAGUGUUUGAUUUUUAUUCUAAUGAUCCUACAUUGAUUCCUCUAAAUUCUGAUGAACAUGAUGAUCGAGUUACUCAAUGGACCAAUCAAUCUCCUCAAUAUCCUCCACACUUCAGGGCUAUAACUGAAGAGUAUAUUAAAGAGAUGGAAAAGUUGGCCUAUAAGUUGCUUGAGUUAAUAGCUCUUAGCUUGGAACUUGAGGUUAAGAGAUUUGAAGAAUUCUUCAAGGAUCAAACUAGCUUUAUUACAUUCAACCACUAUCCUCCAUGCCCAUAUCCUCACCUUGCUCUUGGCGUUGGAAGACACAAGGAUUCCAGUGCCUUAACUAUUCUUGUCCAAGAUGAGGUUGGUGGUCUUGAAGUAAGGCGAAAAUCAGAUCAAGAGUGGGUUCUUGUAAAACCUACCCCAAAUGCUUACAUUAUCAACAUUGGUGAUAUCAUUCAGGUUUGGAGCAAUGAUGAAUAUGAGAGUGUGGAACACAGAGUAGUUGUUAACUCUGAGAGGGAAAGGUUUUCAAUUCCCUUCUUUUUCUUCCCUGCACAUUACACUGAGGUGAAGCCUUUGGAGGAGUUGGUAAAUGAGGAAAAUCCUUCAAAAUAUAGACCAUACAACUUGGGCAAGUUUCUUGUUACAAGAAAGAGUAGCAAUUUUCAGAAGCAAAAAGUGGAGAACAUCCAAAUUCAUCACUUUAAGAUAGCUUAAAAAUAGUAUUAAAGAACUUAUAUCUUGGGAAUUAAUAAAUUGAGUAUACUUUGUUGUAUCAAAUUGCUGUUAAACGCCCGGUGUAUAUGAGCCGUUUGGGAAGGACUAUCGAGUCUACCUUCUAGAAGGAGACGGCUUCACCCUUUCGUUGCAUCCUAAGGUAGUUUUGCACAUCCCUUCUUUGUAUUAAGUUUUGUUCUUUGCUUUUCUAAUUUUAGUUUUCUUUGUUAUGUGGUUUCCUCAAGAAGCAUUAUGUGGCAGAGAGAAAAGAAACUAAUUGGAUGCAGAUGAAUUGCUAUAAUAAAGCACAAAUCAAAUUGA